AUGACAACCAGAGCCUUGGAGGACCUAGAUGGGGGCCUGGGCAGCUGCUUGCCCAGCGAUGACCUCUCACUGCUGGAGGAGCCUUGCCCAGGCCGGCGGCCAGAGAACAAGGCACGAGGGACACCCAGGAUGGUGGAGUCCAGCAGCUGGCCCCUCGACUCAGUGACAGCUGCUGCAGCAGAUGCUAGACCCAGUAAGAUGGAAAAGGAUCCUGUAGCCAAAGGGGCCCCAGGACCAGGCAAGGAGAAGCUGAAAGCUGGAGCGAGUCCCCGGAGCGCCCCGGUGCGCAAGAAGUCUCAGGCCAUGCCUCCCAUGCAGCCGCCACCACCUCCGCCCCAGGCUCUGAACGAGGACCUGCCCUGGGGAGACGUGACCCUUAAUAAGUGCCUGGUGCUGGCCUCUCUGGUGGCGCUGCUGGGCUCUGCUUUUCAACUGUGCCGCGACGUGGUGGCUGGGGAGGCACCCGUCUCUGCCCCUGCCCCUCAGCCGUGGGUCCCACCCAAGAGGCCAGUAUCGCCCCCGACUAAGCCGGUGGGCUUGGCGCCCCCACCAGGGCCACCUGUGCCCCCAGCCAAGACAGAGGACAGACCUGAGCCUCCCCAGACGUCAGCAACAGAAAACUUGCCGGAGGCAGCAGAGGAGAAGUCUCCCCCAAAGGGUUCUGGAGAGGAGGAGACUGUGCCUCGAGGGGACCGAGGUUCUCCGGAGAGGCCGCGGAAGAAAGAGAAGCUGAGAAAAGAGAGGUCACGGAAGGAGGAGAAGCCGAGAAAGGAGAGGCCAUGGGCCACCAAGGAGCCCCGGGAGGCCCUGCCCCGCUCCCCGCGCUCGGAGGCACGCGAAGGGAGGCAUCGGCCGGGUGCGCGGGACCCCGAGCACAGGAAGCACCAAGUCUGGGCCUCCCCUGGGCGCCGCGACGAGGAUGCCUGGCCUCCUGGGCGACGGAAGCACCGCGGAGUCAAAGGACGCGACUAA